UUUCUCUUUUUUCCAAGCUCACACUACUGCCUUCUAGCCAGUACGGUAAAAGCUUUGAAGAGAUACGGACUGUCACGUAGAGACGUUAGCCUGAACCCGUAACCGAACCCGAGCAAAUCGAAUAAUUGACGACGUGAUCUGUUACGAUUGCAGCAAUAACAGUCCAUUCCAAUUAUCCCAUAGUGCCUUUAGUGAUAUGUAUAUUAAUCGAUAAAAACGGUAAUCGAAUAAAGUUUGUUAAACUGGAAACUUCAGAUUUCGAUUCGUUCGAAACGGCCACUAUUGUUUUCAAAACAUAUGAUUUGCCGACUUGUCACCCAGAGUGUAGUGACUGAAAUCAGGGAGCGGUAACAAUUAUAUUAUUGUGAGUGCGUGUGUUGGAUACGGCCCAGUGAAUCGCCGGGCCCCUCGUGUGUCUCCAGUGUUGAGUUACGCUCGCGGUAUCAAUAAUUCUAUUGAGGAGCAAGUGACUGAUGGAGAUUUGUGCCUAUAUUGGGAAGGUGGUAGUCAAGAGCGGGCGUCAUGCUGACCCGCGUGCUUGUGUCUAGUGUACGCAGACUCCGGCAAAACGGCGGCUACAGAGACAGCCCCGGUACUCGCACCACAGACGGGCGGUGCAGACAGCGCCAGCGGCGGGUCAGGUGGCUCGGGCAUGGAGUGUCUCCAACUACGCUCACCACCCGGACCAUUUCAUUACCUCAUCUCGGAGCAGGCUAAGUCCCUCGUCGCUCUACAGAAUGAAGUCGGAGCUUUACUUGAGUUUCGCGACCUCGUCAUCGAGACAUUCCCUAACCUACGCUCCAAGAUGGCGCCGUCCACGCCUGCGAGCGGUACACGUCGCGACUGGGAGCCCGGGGUGCGCGUGCGUCGUAAACUUGCGGCAGGCGCAGGAGACGCUACGCGGGCCAAACCACAACCCUCCGUGCAGGAUUCCGGCUUCAGCACAGAGACUUCUUGCGGCAAAGACGCACAUUCCUCAUCGGCAUCAGCUUCUGCGUCAGCCACACGUUCAAGACCCAUUGAAGAUGAACUCUGGGCUUUACUCGAUGUCAUCCAGAGAAAGGGAGUACGGUUACGCGACGAAGCUGAACAGUUGCGCGGCGAGCUCGACGACCGGCACCCAGCGGACACCGUGGAGGAGUCGUUCACGCGAGCACUCAAUGACACGGCGUGCGCCGACUGCGCCGACACCGGGCGGCUGCGCGCCGAGCGGGACGCGCUGCUGCUCCGCGCGGCGCAGCUGGAGGCGGCGGCGGCGGCGGCCGCCGUCACCCCGCCCGCGCCCGCGCCCAGCACGCCGCUCGGCCGCCUCGACACAGCACUGGAAACACCCUCGCGCCCACCGCGCGUCGCUACGCCUGACUCCAAGAAGUUCGCGGCGAUUCUCCUCGAGAGCAAUCCUGUCGAACUUCAGAGGCAGCUACUCACUUCCACCGUUCAAAAUCAGGUAUUGAGCGAACGCCUGAGACGCGCGGCCGCGCAGCGCACGGUGCUGUUAGAAAGACUGGAGCGAGCUCGAGACUUCAACGAAGACCUCAAAUUUAGGCUGGAGGAGAAAAGUAUCGAAUUAGAAGGAGCGCGUGCUCGCGUCCGACAGUUGGAAGGCAAGCGGCGCAGCCCCGCGCGGUCCGCGUCGCCGGCGCGCGACCACAGCAGCAUGCGGGACAUGGAGCCGCUGCACAUGCCGGACGACGCCGACUCCGACUGCCGCAUCGCCGACACGCCGCGCCGCCGGCCCAGCCGCAUCCCGCUGCACACGGCGCGCCCCACCCCGGCGCGGCCGCCGUCGGCGCACUCCGUGCGGUCGGCGCGCUCGGCGGCGUCGGCGCGGUCGGCGGGGUCGACGCUGGGCGGCGCGGGCGCGGGCGCCAACCGCAAGGAGCGCGAGCCCAAGAGCGGCGUGCCGGUGCGGCGCGCGGCGGCGCCCGACCCCAAGAGAAACGAAGACGAGUCGGAGCGCUGGCGAGUGGCGGCGCUGGCGGCCGAGUACGUGGCGCGCGCCGACCGCCUGGCGCCGCUGUUCCCGCGCGCGCGCCCGCUGCCGGCCGGGCUGGCGCCCUACCCGGCCGGCCUGGCGCCCUACCCGCCCUACUCGCCCCACAACCUGGCCCUGGAGCUGUCGCGCUCCAUCCUGUACGAGCGCGCCGACUCGGUGGACGCCAAGCUGCGCUCGCUCGUGUCGCACGUGUCCCACGUGUCGCCCGCGUCGCGCGACGACUCGUUGUGGAACGGUAAGCCGCAGCAGUACUUUGAGAGCAUGAACUACGGCGAGCGCCCUCCCUCGGACGACGAGGAGCCCAAGGAGUACGACAGCGACUCCCUCGCGCCCUGAGCCCGCUCGUCCCACUCCGUGUCCUUGUAACUUCUCUAUUGAGUAUCAUUCCACAGUCGAGGGUUCUAUGAUGUCUCGAGUAAUCUGUGAUAUGUCACCGUUUUAAAUGUUAACUACCAUUUUUUGGAUCCUAUGCUCAUAUUACGUGGCCUCUCGUGGGAGGAAUGAGAUUUAUUUUGCAGUUAUAGAAACCUGUUUUGAAUCUAAUAUAUAAGUGUUAUGCAUGAUAUAAAAUUAAGAGUUAAUUUUCGGUACUAUUAAUAUAAUUUAUAUCUGUGGCUUUCAACUUUUAUGGUAUGAAGUCAAAAAGAUGUUUUGAUUCAUGAAAUGAUGAAUUUAAAUAUUUACUCACUAUAACUAUUAUUCUUAAUGGGUUGAUUUUAUAAGAAUUUAUUAUCAAUAAUAAAUUAAUUCGUUCCACUUGUCAUCAAAGUAUUACAUGAAAUGAUAUACCUACAAAAUAUGGUAGCUACUUUAAAAUUAAGUAACGUCAUUCCUAAAACCUAUAAGGACAGACUGUAAUUAUUUAAUGUAAUUGAGUGAGAGCUUGGAACGACUGUUAGAAAGGCUGUGAAACACUGAAGUGUGCUUGAAGUUGUUUCUGAUGUAAUCUAUAAAUUCAGAGGUAAUAAGAUGUAGUGCUUAGAUAAUGUGUGUUGCAGAUUAAACAUACUAUUGUUAAAUAUAUUCCAAUCGUCCAGUGGUGUACGUCCUAAUGAGACAAAGCGUGACUGCCUUUGAGUUAUAAGAUUACUAUGUUAAUUCCUUUUACUAGUAUACAUUUCAUACGGCGGACUUAACAAAUAGUAGGAGACUGAUUUUGUAUAAAUAAAAAUUAGAAAUGCUUUACCUGUGUAGGGAACCUCCAUAUAAAUGACCGUAAUUUAGUAUUUCUUUCUCUGUUUUAAGAAUAAUGUGUAAAAUUGUACUAUCAAUUAAGCUCUUAAAGAAUUAUACUAAUUAAUAAUAAUAUACCAAUUCUAUAAUGUAAAUGGCUGUAUUUUAUGUAAUUAAGAAUUUGUGGCUAGAUUAAUUAUUUAAGUCGACUGUUUAAUUGUACAGCAUUCGAUUAUACUAUUAGAAUUUGUAAAUUAUUAAGCCAUUACCUACCUAUAAUUAAGAUACUCAUAAAUCUAUCUAGUUAGCUUGAAUCUAGUUGAUGACUUAUGUAAAGUGUACAGAGAUCAUAUCAUUAUAUACAGAUCGUAAAUAAAAUUGUUCAUAUCAA